AUGGAUAGCGAUCGUCGUUCCCAGCUUGAAUCUUGCUCCAGCAUACUAGCCGCUGUCAAGCUCAUCGAGGAGAGAGCCAUAGAAUUUCACAGGCAACUGUUGGUUUACCAAGUCCUAAGUCUAAAAGACGACCAGCUAGAUCUCGACAACCGAAUCAGAGACCUGGGUGCCGAGAUGCGCGAACUUCAAGAGAAUAAUCGAGACAUUACUAGCCAUGCCAAUGAGGCCAAAAGGUUAGGACAGAAGCUGAAACAAACCACCCGCGAUAUCUCCAGGAAAGCGCGUGAGGAACCAGUAACACUUGAGGAUAUCGAGCCAUAUGUUCAAGAGUUCACCGAAAAGACUCAUGUAGCCAUGGGGGCCAUGCUUGCAUAUCACGACAGACUCAUGGCACAAGCUGGAGCGAACCUGCCACCUACUCCGGCUACCGACUUGGGCGAUGAUAGUGACAACGACGCGCCACUCGAUACACCUGAUUCUUCCCCUCCCUCUCCUCAUCCUACCCUCCGGAGCCCUCCCACGAGUAGCCGGACUUCCCCAGACGCAGGAGCCCCCUCAUUUCCCAAUCAUCUUGCACGUUGCCGUGAGAUCACGGCCACAGAGAUAGGUGGGUUCUCUGGUCAGAAGAUCACCGAGACGCCAGCUGGAAGCGCCGAGUGGUACGUGUUCCAGUGUGAAGAGCACAGCUUGCGCUUUGAUGGCCUUCCGCGACCGGCGCAGGCUGCCGCAAGGCAUGCUAUAACGCAUCGGCUCCCACCUACUCGUCCAUCUGCCAUUGAAGCCUUUGGCAUCAAGAUCGUUGGUUGUGACGCUGCAAUUGCAAAGGCACAUAACGAUUGGGUCGUCGUGCAAGCUAAGCGAGAGGCUGGCCUUCAAGCAAACCGAGGCACUGACGGCAGUGCUUAUCGUCCUCAGCGUGAACGACACAACGACGAGAUGGCAUCACUUCUUGGUGACAUUAAUCCCUCUCACCCACGGCAUUUUCCGGUCCGACAAGCAGCAGCAACGAGAAAGCGCACAAUCCUCACCCGUGAGCUAGACGGCACUGAAAGGCCCUUUGAGAUUACUGCCAAGGCUAUCUACUGGAUCAAGUGGCCAGACGAUGGCAUCUGCUAUCCAGCCUACGUUCUUCCUUGGGAAUCCUUCCCGCGAUUUCGGAGCAAGUACCUCGCACCAGUUGACCGUGGACUUUUGGAGACGUUAGAUGAGUUGCCAGCCUGCUAUGACAGAGCCUAUGGACUCGCUGGUGUUUGGGCAGAGGGAUACAAAGAUGGCCAACGAAAGAUGAACAAGCGUGUAUACCCCGUCAUCUUCUUUACUCUUAGGAAGAGGUUUCCGUGGGAGUGUGAGACGGCAUGGGCUGCGGAGAAGGACUUUCGUGUUUUUGAUGGUGAUAAGGAAGAUCCUCAGUUCAAGGCGUUGGUUGAUCAUUGGAAAGCGAGGGAGAAUCGCCAGACUCCGGAUGAUGAGUUGAUCAGAAUGAAAUUGAUGUCGCCGCCAGGCGAUCAGACAUCAUCAGACGGCUCAAGCAGCGUUGGGGAAUUAAGUCCAGAAAUGUCACAUGAGAACGGAAACAUCGACGACGAACUCCGAAAUUCUUUUGUGGAGUUGAAUGAACGCUUGGAUAGCAAUCGAGGGUCGAGGCGAGCAGAGUCACCCAACAGUGAUGACAGCGCUGGCGAUAUCGGAGAUGCUUUGGUCCGCGACGCCAUGGAAUCUCAAUCAAGGCAUACCAGCGCUCAUCUGUCUCAGCACAUGCCGCAGCGCCAAGGCAGCGAGACGUAUCGUCGCGGUAGCAGGUCUAUGUCACGAGACAAUGGCCCUCCCACUGGCCGACUCUACCCAGAUGAAGACGAGGAUUCAGAUAUCUAUGGUGACGAUAACGUUGGGCCGUUCAACAGUAGAAAUUCCAGCGAGGAGUCUAACGCCGUAUCCAGCAGACACAACCUUGGAGAAUCUCCCGUGAGGUCUUGGGAGCUCUCUGAUCUCAUCAAUGGAAGGACAACGAUUCCCCCUUCAGACGACGAGGAGUCUCUGCAGGAGAAUGAGAGUCAUUGUGAGAUGAAUUUUCCUUCCUUGGAGGUUUCUUCAGGCCAGAGGGCUGAUUCCAUUGUGAGCGACGAGGACGUUAUGCAAGUUGAUGAGCCUUCCACCUCGAUGGAAAGAGUCAGUUCCUCUGAACAGCGGUUAAGACAGGCGAUGGCUAGUGCUGCUCGCCAGACAAAUGCUGUCUGGCGUGAAACCUUUCGCGAGCACUCUGAGGAGGUCGACGAGUUGUUAUAG